AUGCAACUUCUUUCUGCACAUGGAAAAUGCAUCCCUAACUUCAAGUGUGACACCCAGUACAAUCCUGUAGCAGUCAUUGGGGGCCCUAGCUCUGAUGUUGGUGUUGACAUGGCAGCAAACCUGUGCAUUUACAAGAUUCCCCAGCUUACCUAUGGUGCUACUCCAGAAAUUAAUGAUGUAACUGCAGCUGUUUUCUUCCACCGGAUGUUUCCAAAUGAAAACCAUCAAUAUAGGGGAAUCCUCCAGUUGCUGCUGUUUUUUAGCUGGACGUGGAUUGGAGUGAUUUGCUCUCAGGAUGAUGAGACUGGAGAAAGAUUUGUAAAUGUCAUACUUCCCCUCUUUUCCCUGAAUGGGAUCUGCUUUGACUUCAUAGUAAGAUUCCCCAACCUAUCCUUUUCCAGUGGGAUUCCAAAAAUGAAGGAUAAGGUGAACGAGGCUGAGAAAGUCAUAAUAGAAAGCACUGCCAAUGUGUUUGUCUUGCAUGGUGAUGUUAAGAAUAUUAUCAUGUUGACAACACUACUUCACAUAUUUGAAUUGAAUAUACCAGUGAAGUUAAGUGGUCAAGUCUUUAUUAUGGUAGCCCAGAUGGACUUCUCAUCAGUUGGACAUCAAAGUAGAUGGAACGUAAACUUCAUUGAUGGCUCUUUAUCCUUUGCAGUUCAUUCCCAAGAGUUGUUAGGAUUCCAGAAAUUCCUUCAGAUGAGAAAUCCAGUUAUAGACUCAGAAGAUGGCUUUAUCAGGGAUGUCUGGCAAUAUGCAUUCAAAUGCAUUCUCCCCGACUCUGAUAUAGGUGAUCAAGAUAUGGAAGCAUGCACUGGAAACGAGAAGCAGGAGAGUCUUUCUGAGCCUCUUUUUGACCCAAACGUGAGUGGCAACAGCUAUAGCAUUUACAAUGCUGUCUAUGCUUUGGCCCAUGCUUUGCAUGCCAUGCAUUCAUCCCAAGUUAAACACAGACCAAUGGUGGGUGAAGGUAACUGGAAGCUUCUGAAUCACCAUCCAUGGCAGAUCCACCAGUAUCUCAGGAGAAUUUCAUUUAACAACAGUGUGAAUGAAGAAGUUUAUUUUGACCAAAAUGGGGAAAUAGGAGCUGGAUUUGAUAUUAUAAACUGGAUUGUAUUCCCCAACCAGUCCUUUCUUAAAGUCAAAAUUGGAAGGAUAGAUCCACAGGCUUCUCCUGAUAAAGUGUUCAACAUUUGUGAAGAUUCUAUUGUGUGGUCUAAGAGUUUCAACCAGGUAGGGUCUAUGUGUCUUUUGGGGUGCAUUGAACCAUUGAAUAUUCAAAAAAAUAUGUCUCUGCUACCAAAUAUCGCCCACAAAAGUAAUCAUUGCAAAAUUGGGUCCAGCCCAUUCAAAACAAUGUUUUCAACUCAAAUCUACAUCUCUCAAAACAUUGAAUUAGUUUACAGUGGUACCUCGGUACCCCUUUCUACAUGUAAUGACAAUUGCCAUUUGGGCUAUCGUAAGACCAAGAAAGAAGGUGAACAAUUUUGCUGCUAUGAUUGCCUCCCGUGUCCAGAAGGAAAGAUCUCCAAUGAAAAGGACAUGGCAGACUGCUUUCUAUGUCCAGAAGGACAAUAUCCAAAUAUCAACAAAGAUUCCUGCAUUCCCAAAAGUAUUAGCUUCUUGUCUUAUGAAGAACCUUUGGGGACCAGUUUGGCCAUUCUGGCACUUUCCUUUUCUUCCAUUACAACUUUGGUGCUUUGGGUCUUCAUUCAGCAUAAGGACACUCCCAUAGUCAAAGCCAACAACCGGGACCUCACCUACACUCUCCUCAUCUCCCUCCUGCUCUGUUUCCUUUGCCCUCUGUUUUUCAUUGGGCAACCUCAGACGGUGAUGUGUCUCCUUCGACAAACCAUGUUUGGUGUCAUCUUCUCAGUUGCUGUCUCUUCUGUUUUGGCCAAAACCAUCAUAGUGUUUCUGGCUUUCAUGGCCACCAAGCCUGGGUCCAGGAUGAGGAAGUGGGUGGGCAAUAGACUGGCUUUUUCCAUUGUUCUUUCCUGCACUCUUAAUCAAGCCACAAUAUGCAGUGUAUGGCUUGCAACCUCUCCUCCAUUCCCAGAAUCUGACAUGAACUCCAUGCCUGAAGAAAUUAUAGUGGAAUGCAAUGAAGGGUCUGUUACCAUGUUUUACUCCAUCCUGGGUUGCAUGGGUGUACUUGCCUUUGUCAGCUUCACUGUGGCUUUCCUAGCCAGGAAAUUGCCAGACAGUUUCAAUGAAGCCAAGUUCAUCACCUUCAGCAUGUUGGUCUUCUGCAGUGUUUGGCUGUCCUUCAUUCCAACCUACUUGAGCACAAAGGGAAAAUACAUGGUGGCAGUUGAGAUCUUCUCCAUCUUGACCUCCAGUGCUGGCUUACUGGGCUGCAUCUUUUCCCCCAAAUGUUAUAUCAUUAUUCUGAGGCCUGAGCUGAACAACAAAGAUAUGUUAAUAAGAAGAAAGUAG